AUGACAUGUGACAAGUUGGACAUUGUCGCAACCCAAAUGGCCAGCUUCUGGAUUCAGAGAAACAGUUUUUCCGACUGCAAGAGUAUGAAGAGGAAACAUGAUGAUCUUCGCCUUCACGUUGUGUUAUUACUCCGUUUUCUGUAUGCUGCCCUGCUAAAUCCAUGUCGGUAUCAUAUCAGUUUCAACACUCUACAAAAAGCCAUUGAAUUGAACAUGGCUGAAGAUUCAGUUGAUGAUAUGUACUUUGGCUGCAAUGAAGCAAUGAUGGACACGGUCAAGAUAGAAUAUUUUGAAAAAGAAGGUUUUGCCUGGGAUCAUGAUGAUGAGAUAAGAAAAUGCACUGAAAAUAAUUUAAAAGAAAGUAAGGAUCAGGCUCUAACCAAAUAUCACAUGCAAGCAAUCUGUGUUUAUACAAGUAACAAACUGUACAAGGAGUUUAAUGAUGAAGUCCGAACAAAAAAGAGAUUCUAUGGCUCCUCAUUCAAUUUCCACUCUUUACAUUUCCUGCUGACAUCUGCCAUACAGAUCUUGAAUAAUAACUAUAAUUGUCAAACAGCUUACAGACGAACCAGUGUUAAGUUUACUGGCAAAGUGAACCAAAUUAUUCGCCUUGGUUUCGCCUCCAGCUCUCAAAACACAAAACUGAUCCAGUUUGGUAAAAAGACCUGCUUUAAAAUUGAGACAUGUUCAGGUGCCUUUUUGAAAGAUUAUUCAUUUUUCAACGAGGCAGAAGUACUCAUCCCCCCUUAUGAAAUGUUCAUCAUAACUGAGAAAAUUACUAAUCAGACAAAAGUCAAAAUGCAUGGUCUGGAUGAUUGCAAAGUUGUCUAUGUCUUGAAGAGUAUAGGCGUUAAGAGCAAUCUGAAUUGCAACCUGAUGAGAGUCCAGUGA